AUGGUUGCCCCCCUAAAGAAAGCACCCGGGGGCUACACUCAUCUGCUUGUCGCCGUGAACAAGUUCACCAAGUGGAUCGAGGCUAGGCCCAUCACAACCAUCAAGUUGACACAGGCUUUGGCCUUCUUCCUCGACAUCAUCCACUGUUUUGGGGUCCCAAACUCCAUCAUAACAGACAACAGCACACAUUUCACCAGGAAGGAGUUCCUCGAAUUCUGCGAUGACUACCACAUCCGCAUUGAUUGGGCCGCGAUGGCGCACCCCUGUACGAACGGGCAGGUCGGGCGCGCAAAUGGCAUGGUCCUGCAGGGGCUCAACCCCAGGAUCUUCAAUCAGCUCAAGAAAUUCGUGGGACAUCGAGUUGCUGAGCUCCCCGCUGUCCUAUGGAGCCUGAGGACGACCCCCAGCUGA